AUGGAAGGAAAGGGAAAAGUGAAUGGAGUAGCGGCCAUGGCAGCCUGCUACCAGGGAUUUGAUCCUGCUGCAUAUCUGCAGUAUAACUACACUCCACCACGGGCAGAUUUUGACAGAAAGGACAGCAUUGUGCCUUGGAAACUGGCAUGCCUGCACAGAGCCUUCACUGAAGGUGAUGUGAGAGGUGAGCUGCUGGUGGACAUAGGUUCAGGUCCCACUCUGUACCAGGUGCUGAGUGGCUGUGAGGUUUUCAACAAGGUGCUCCUCACAGACUUCCUGGAGGUCAACAGGCAGGAGCUGAGGGGCUGGCUGGACAACGAGGGAGGCUGCAACCUGGACUGGACACCAUACCUGCAGCACGUCUGCAAGCUGGAGGGACGACGGCCCUCAGCCUGGACAGAGAAGGCUGCCAAGCUACGUCAGGUCAUCACCGACAUCGUCCCCGUUGAUGUGCACCGCCCUCAGCCUCUGGCCCUUGACGCCCUUCCUUCAGAAGGGGCAGACUGUCUGGUGUCCUGCUUCUGUUUGGAGAGCGUGAGCCCUGACCUGGCUGCCUUCACCAGAGCCCUGGGCCACAUCGGAAGGCUCCUCCGCACCGGUGGACAUCUCCUUCUCAUCGGUGCCCUUGGAGAGAGUUAUUAUUUUGGGGGGCCUGGGGUGAGGAUCCCUGUGGUCCCACUGAAUGAGGCCCAGGUCUGUGCCAGUUUGAAGGAGAGCGGCUACACCCUGAUCAGGCUGGAGGUUUACACACUGCCUCAGGACAUGAGGGUGGGGGUGGAUGACGUGUCCGGGGUAUUUUUUGUAAAGGCAAUCAAGGAGUGAAAGUACGAGAAAAUAAAAUAAAUAAACAGUAGUAAAAGUGAGAGUAAGUAUCCAGAUAAAAAUAUUAUAGAUAAAGCCUGUAAAUGCAUUAUUUAGCACAGCAGAUGAUUUAAAUAAAAAUGAGUAUCAGUGAUGCUAUUAAUAAUACCAACAUAUCUUUUAACCUUGGUAUGGGGUGAGGGAAAACAAUUCAGACAAAAACAUGUGAAUAAAUCAUUUUACUUCAUUCUAUUUUAUUUCAUUGGUCCAUUAAGCGUCCUUUCUGAGGGUGACACAUUCCCUUUGGUUGGUCCCAAAGUUAGAAAUGUAUUACACAUUGCCUCCUGCAGUUCAAACACAGCAACUACAGCAUUGAGAAUAUCAUGCUUCAAAUCUUGUUUUAAACAUAUCAACUAUUGACAUAACAUAGCAUUUUCCAAGCAGUUUAUAAACUGUAUAUUUUGAUAUACCUAUAUUUCGAUUAACUGUUAAUGAAUUGCCUGUCUUGUUUGUAAUUUGUGAUAUGUGAA